AUGCUUCUGAAUCUUCUCACCGUCUCCGUGUUCAUCGGCGUCGUCGCCGCCACCGGCUACGGCUCCGGAAGCGCCUACAGCAACGAUGCUCCGAGCGCCUACUUCAUCCCGCCACGUCAUCAUUACAGAGGACAUCGCUGGCGCAGCAGCAGUGACAGCAGCGAUAGCGAUGAGAGUUAGUCGGAAAGGUUGAACUCAGAUUUCAUUUAAAAAAAAAUCAAUUCAGAAUGGCACUGCUCCCGUCUUGGUGUCUUCAACAUCACCGGAUCGGCCGCCGAAUACAUUUCCGCGCCGAAGAUCGGCUACUUCACGCAUCAAGGAAAGGAAAAGGCGAUCAUUGUCUGCCAGAACCCGCAGAUCCAACUGCUCUUCGGACAGUCCCCGGACGCCAACGUGGCCGCUGGAAUCACCAACCAGUACAAGGACAACGCCCUGCUGUCCAUCAGCACCAAGUCCGGACUCGUGCUCGACUGCAAUAGACGCCAUGAACGGUAUUUGUCACGUGUGGGCGCAUAAAACGCAUCUCAUUUUUCAUUUCAGCUACGAGGCCUACAACUUCUUCACCGAGAAGACCAUCCCGAUCCACGACGUUGCGUGCCUGACUGUUCCCUCAUCGCUCGUCACCUCCACCCUCGGCACCAUCGCCAGUUCCAGCCUUAGCGCACUUUCUUUGGGUCUUUGA